AUGAAGGUGACGGUGGAUUUUGAAGAAUGCCUGAAAGACUCCCCACGAUUCCGGGCUGCUGUAGAGGAAGUGGAGGUGGAUGUCGGGGAGUUGGAAUCAAAGCUGGACAAGCUGGUGAAGCUGUGCAUUGGAAUGAUCGAUGCUGGGAGGGCAUAUAACACAGCGAACAAACAGUUUGUGAAUGGAAUCAGAGAACUCGCCCUGCAGUCCACCAGAGAUGAGGUCAUUGGGUCCAGUUUAGCAGCGUUUGCUGAGACACUGCAGGAGAUGAAUAACUACCAUACAAUACUGUUUGAUCAGGCCCAGAGGUCCAUCCGAUCUCAGCUUCAGACGUUUGUGAAGGAGGACCUGAAACGGUUCAAAGAUUCCAAGAAGCAGUUUGACAAGGUGAGUGAGGAGAAGGAAGUGGCAUUGGUGAAGAAUGCUCAAGUUCCUCGUAACAAGCUGCAUGAGGUGGAGGAGGCCACCAACAUCCUGACCACGACACGAAAAUGCUUCCGUCACAUCGCCCUGGACUACGUGCUGCAGAUCAAUGUCCUGCAAUCCAAAAGAAGACUUGAAAUUCUUAAGUCGAUGCUCUCAUUCAUGAACUCCAACUUCGCUUUCUUCCAUCAAGGAUAUGAUCUGUUCAGUGAACUUCAGCCUCUGAUGAAACACCUUGGCACCCAGUUGGACCAACUGGUCGUAGACUCAGCAAAGGAGAAGAGAGAUAUGGAGCAGAAACACUCAACCAUCCAGCAGAAGGCAGCCUUGCAGGACUUCUCCACUGAAGACACCAAGCUGGAGUACAACGUGGAUACAGAUAAUGGAAUUGCUAUGGAAGGGUACCUCUUCAAGAGGGCUAGCAAUGCUUUCAAAACCUGGAACAGGCGUUGGUUCUCCAUUCAAAACAAUCAGCUUGUUUAUCAGAAGAAAUUUAGGGAUAAUCCAACCGUAGUUGUGGAAGAUCUGCGGCUCUGUACCGUGAAACACUGUGAGGAUGUUGAGAGGAGAUUCUGUUUUGAAGUCGUGUCUCCUUCAAAGAGCUGCAUGAUGCAGGCAGACUCAGAGAAACUAAGGCAAGCCUGGAUCAAGGCUGUUCAGAGCAGCAUCGCCACAGCCUACAGAGAGAACGGAGAUGAACCGACUAUGCUUAAGUUGGACAGGCAGUCAUCUGCAUCUCUGGGCAGUCUAGAUUCGGGCGGGGAGCCAGUGAAGUCUGUAAAGGGAGAGAGUGCGCUCCAGAGGGUGCUGGCCAUCCCAGGUAACGAGACCUGCUGUGACUGCGGGCAGAGCGAACCGCGCUGGGCUAGCAUCAACCUGGGCAUCACGUUAUGUAUCGAGUGCUCAGGUAUUCACAGGAGUUUGGGUGUUCACAACUCCAAGGUGCGGUCUCUGACACUGGACUCUUGGGAGCCAGAACUGUUAAAGUUGAUGUGUGAGUUGGGAAAUCGAGUCAUAAAUCAAAUCUACGAGGCACGUAGAGAAGAGAUGGGAGGCAAAAAACCCCAGCCUGGAGAUCCCAGACAGGAGAUUGAGGCCUACAUCCGAGCCAAGUACGUGGAGAGGAGGUUUGUCACUAAGCUCACUUCCAAGGAGCAGAGGUCAAAGGUCAUUGCCCUGAGCAAACAGGACAAAAGGUUGAAGGGCAGUGUGGAGUUCCUUCCCCCAAGACCACCCCCUCCGACGCCCAAGCUACGCACAGCCUCCAACACCACAGCUCUCCCUAGUGGCCAGGAGGUGCGGCGUGAUUCACUUUUCUGUCCUGAUGAGCUUGAUUCCCUCUUCUCCUACUUUGACACUUCCUCAAAGCUGAGGAGCUUGCGAAGUGCUGAUAGCGGCAUCCAGAACAGCGCUGAUGGAAGUCGGGAAAUGCUGGCCUCCACCCCCUCCAACAGCAGUCUGAGUGAAACAGACCUUCAGGAGUCGGAGUCACCAGUGUCUCUUAACCAGAAGGAUUCUCCGACCGUGUUCUCUGAGCUGACGGACUUCUCUCCUGGUGUACUGCUGUACUGGGCAUCCUGUGCCUGCAGCCUGACGGACAUGGCUGAGGCUCUCGCUCACGGUGCUGAUGUCAACUGGGUGAACGUGGAGGACAAUAACCGCACGCCGCUCAUACAGGCUGUGCAAGGGGGCUCACUGGUCACCUGUGAGUUCUUGCUCCAGAACGCCGCCAACGUUGACCAGCAGGAUAUCCGUGGCAGAGGGCCCCUGCACCAUGCCACGAUGCUGGGACACACAGGUCAAGUGUGCCUGUUCCUAAAGCGAGGAGCUAAACAGAAUGCGGUGGACGUCGACAGCAGAAGUCCUCUCUCUAUCGCAGUUGAGGCAGCCAACGCAGACAUCGUAACUCUGUUGCGCUUGGCGAAGAUGAAUGAGGAGAUGCGUGAAUCAGAGGGGUCGUACGGCCAGCCAGGUCAAUAUUCUCACACACACAGCCAAACCGAGCAGCAGUACAAGAAAUGCAUACAGGAGUUCAUAAGCCUGCAGCUGGACGAACCGUAA